UUUCAAAAACAUUAUAACUACCAGGCAACACGGAUUCAUUGGUGGCAGGUCAACGGCCACUAACCUGUAUCAGUAUAUUAAUUACGCUUUGGACGCAAUGGGCGACAGCAAAGAUGUCCAUGCAAUUUAUACGGAUUUCAGCAAGGCUUUUGACAUGGUGGACCAUGGCAUACUAAUCCAGAAACUUGGCUCUUAUGGAGUAAAAGGGAACGCUUUGGAAUGGUUUCGAUCCUACCUGUGUAAUAGGCAUCUGCAAGUCAGAGUUAAUUGCCACAUAUCGAGCAGUUUUGUUACAACAUCAGGGGUGCCACAAGGGUCACACCUGGGCCCAAUUCUGUUUAAUAUCUUUGUGAAUGACAUAGUACAGAUGACAUGAGUAAAUUACAGAAUGAUAUCAAUAGCCUAAGUGUCUGGUGCACAUCAAAUAAGCUUAGUCUAAACAUAAGUAAAUGUGUUGUCAUGUCAUUUUCACGUUCGCAUAAGCCACACCCACCCGUAUACUGGUUGAACGGCCAAAAGCUGCAGGUGGUCACCACUAUCAAGGACCUUGGAGUAACGGUUGACAACGAGUUGAACUUUGCUAAUCACAUUAACGACAUAUCGCUACGUGCACAUAGAGUGUUGGGCCUCAUUAUUAGGUCUGGCAGAGAUUUCCGCGACCCAUACACACUCAUACGCCUGUUUGAUGCAUUGGUUAAACCUAUACUCGUAUAUUGCAAUAUUGUCUGGGCGCCUUCCUCUGACCAGCUUGUAAACCGACUGGAAUCUACUCAGCGUAAGUUCUGUAAAUACUUAUCCUGGUUUUUAAACUCAGUGGCAGCAGAGAUGAGCACGGAUGAUGUCUAUAACUACUUCAAAAUUAACAGCCUGUCGUGUGGAAGGCAGGCUUGUGACCUGCUUUUCUUUUAUAAACUUGUUAACGGCAUCGUUAUCUCACCUGAGAUUUUAGCUCAAUUUUCUCUCAUUUGUCCAAGAGCAGGCCUCCGACAUGGUCGACUACUUGAAAUUAAAAAGACCACAAAGAACUACGUGUGGAAUGGACCCAGAAGCAGAAUCGCUAGAUUAGUCAACGAACACAGCUCAACAUUGAACUUUUUCGGUGGAUCUUACAACCAGUUCACGAAAAAUGUAAAGGAUCAACUCUAUAAUCAUCGAUAACCCCACUUUAAAAAUAGCAGAUAUAACGAAUCCUGCUUGAAUUCAUAUUUAAAAGUCCGAAACAUAUUGUUCUUAUCUGUUUUAUUCUUUUAUACUUUUCAUGUGUGAUUGUUUU